AGGUGGGGGGUGUCUUCUCUGCGCCCCAAAUAUAGGAGAGCAAUCCUUGCAAGUGAGGUCCCCCCACCACCACCCUGCUGUUUUUCUCUCCCUCUUCAUUUCUUUCUGAAGUUCUCACCAUCCUUCCUUUGCAUUCAGUUCAGAGUGGUGGGAGGAGGCCCACUGGGGACCAGCUUUACAGAUUAAACAUCUCUUGUCUGACAGAACUUGGUUUUCACCUUUGCCGGUGACCAACCCGCCCCCGGACACGUAUUUUCAGUGACUGUAGCUCCCUACACAACAGCCACACGGGCGUUUUGCAGUGACACUGAUGACCAGUGUGGCACUGGCUUUUGAGACCCCCACCCCAUAAUGCUGUUUGGGGAACUAGAACGCACAUACCAACCUCAGGAUUCCUGCAACCCCUCUGCACCCCUGUCUGUGCCCCUGGCUGGCUGCUCGCCCGGAGCAAACGCCCAAACUGUGCCUCUGAAGCGACCCCGGCAGGCGUCACUUUCUGUACAGGUUCCAGAAUUCUUGCCUGGGCGUGCCGGGUGCAGCGCAUUGCACAAGGCUCCAGAUAUCGUUAAAGAAGGAAAACAAUAAUGUCACUGUCGGAGGGCGUUGUCUGUGUGUGUGCAAAACUCAGCUCGAGGACAGUAUAAAAGCAUCUGAUCUCUGCGCUGUCUCACCACACCUGACUGAUUGUCUCCUCUUCUGCUCUCCGAGACUCAGGUUCCCUAGACACUCAGCGAGAUGACAAGCAAGAUGGAAAAUGCCUUGAAUGACGUUAUCGACGUGUACCACAAUUACUCCGAGAAAAGGCCCAACCCGGACGAUUUCCUGCAGAAGCAGGAGUUCAAGCAGCUGUUAAAGCAGAACGCCAAGUCAUUUCUGAAGUGCACUCUGCCGCCCGGGUCGACGGAAGACGAAUACAUAGACGACCUGUUUAAGAAGGCCGACAAAAACAGAAAUGGAUACCUCCAUUUUGAAGAGUUCGUCACCACGCUGGCGAAAUUGGCCAUACAUGCUCACAAUAUCUCACACGAGCCUUGUGACAAAACGCCUGGGAAGGAUGGGCACGGGCAUGGCCAUGGCCAUGGGCAUGGCCCCAAUUAACUUGGGCACGAGCCUAAUUCUGACCCCGCUGCUGGGCAUGGGUGUCAUGGCUGUGGCACUAACCCCAGCGAUGAUCCUAACCACCCAAGUCAGGGAGACUCUUUGAGUUAAAACAAGACGAAAUUUUGCAAAUAUCAAAUGUAACCAGAGAAUCUUUGCCUGUUUGGGCUGAUAACGUAGCAAUAA